CACAGAGUGGGGAAGCAGCUGAUAGGAGAGAACAGAAAGACCGGACUCAACACCUCAGACGGCGAGUGUACUUCCAUUGGUUCUUAGAAGAUUUCAGACGGAAGGAAAGUUCACUUCAUCUUAAAACCGCUGAAGGUUGACUGCUUAGAAUAGUCCGAGCGAUCAGACACAGACAAGAUGUCGGAAAGAAAAGUUUUAAACAAAUAUUACCCUCCGGAUUUUGAUCCAUCAGCCAUUCCUAAGAUGAGGUUUUCAAAGAAUCGGACAUUUAAUAUCCGUAUAAUGGCACCCUUCAAUAUGAGGUGUAAUACUUGUGGUGGUUAUAUCUAUAAAGGAAAGAAGUUCAACUCAAGGAAAGAAAAUGUGGAUGAAGAGUUCUACUUAGGCCUGCGAAUCUUCAGGUUCUACAUCAAAUGUCCAACCUGUGUGGCAGAAAUAGCGUUUAAGACUGACCUAAAAAAUACAGACUACACACUUGAAGCAGGAGCUACACGACUGUUUGAGGCUGAGAAACUUGCUAAAGAAAUGGCAGAGCGAGAAAUCAAGGAAAAGGAGGAGGAAGAACUGAACAACCCAAUGAAGAUUCUGGAGAACAGAACAAAAGCAUCAAGAAAUGAGAUUGAAACCAUUGAUAUCCUGGAGGAACUGCGUGAACUAAGUGCACGUCAGGCAACUGUCAAUACAGAGACCAUGCUACAACAGCAUCAGGAGUAUGAACAGCAGUUACAGAAACUUCAGGAAGAGGAGGAGGAAAAGGAAAUCAGGUCCAUAUUUGGUGAGAGGGAAAAUGGAAAAAUCUUGAAGAGGUUAAAGGAUGAUUCAGAUGAGGAUGAGGACGAACCAAAGACAAAGAAAGUAGUGUUUCCACCUAAGCCUACAGAUUUACUGUCUUCAGAGAAGUCCAGCACUAGUGCAAAGAAGCCAACAGCAAGCUGGCAGAAAAGUGUUGGUGGUUUAUCUAGUAAGAAUGGACUCAAAAAUCUUGUGAAGAAAAAACAGCCAAAACCAUCUGCUGAUGUGAAAGUAGCCUCUAGUCCUUCAGGUGUUGGAAACCCUACUAGAGACACAAAUUCUGUUGCUCCCUCCACUACAGAUAUAACACCGACAGUCUCCAGUGAGGACAGGAACAAAAAACACAACACAGACAUUCCUACUAAAGAUCUACUGCCUGUCACUGCUAGUAGAACCAAUCAAACACAGUUAUCCUCCAGGGACAGUGACUCUAAUCAACCAUCCUCAUCAUCUGUUUCUGACUCCUCUAAAUCAUCAGCUGUUUCAGUGACACCAGUUGUAUCCGCGCCCCACGGACUGCUUGGGCUAGGUUACUCUGACAGUGAUGAAUCCGAUGAUUAACAUAAAGUAUAAAUAUAAUGUAACUACACCAUCAAUUUUGUAAUCUAUUUGUUGAAUACUGUAAACCAGAUUUCUGUCACGCGAUGUUUGUUUUCGUAAAUUUCUUAAAAUAAAUUUAUGAAAGGUAGUAAAUAACAACAAAAACAGCACAUUACUAUCAUUAUUGUACACACAUAUGUACCUAAGUGAUUAAAUAGUUAAGGAGUCGGUUCCUGGAAAGUGAAUUACUGUUAAUUUCUUAUGAUAUGGAACUUUUAAAAGUUACAAGUCCUGAAAGAAAAUUAGAUGAAAGAACUCCAUCUCAUGGAUAGCUUUUUAAUUCAGAAAAACUUUGGGUUUGAUAGACUACGUUAAGACACACCAGCCUAGUCGCUUUAAAGACAGAAUUAUAUUACUUUUUGCCGAGUCCUCCAUCAGUCUCUAUUAGUGAAGGUUAGAAAGAGAUAGCCAGUGUGUUAUUGUAGAUUAAUGUUGACAAGGAUUCUAAUGUUGAAUCAAAUCUGCAUUUAUAUUUUCAAGUCACUAUUUUAUUGUUUUUGUUAUAUUUACUGUAUAAUCAUAUAUUUUUGAUGAGCUCAAAUAUCCUGGUUUUACAAAAUUUAACGUUUUUGUUGGCACUUAAUUUGAUGAUGCUCUAAAAAGCUAUGAUUCAUGUCAACAUUGAACUUUUCACCAUUUUGUGGAACUGUAAAGUUGUGGAUUAAUAGUAAUUACAAAUUUGAUUAAAAUAAAGCAAAAAUUAAUCUGGUCUGCUUAGUUAUAUUAUAGUUGUAAUAGUAAAGAAAAAUGCUUCCAUAGUUUUAUCUUCUUCCUACCAUGCUUAUAUGUGUCUUGAAUAAAGACGGCUUAUUCAGAUCUUUCAUUAGUUUCACUCUUAUUGUCUGUAAUUUAUAUUAUAAAAAUGAAAAGUUAAAAUGUCACAUUUUACAGACUGCAUACUGACUUCUUUAUUUUAUAUGGCUAACCUGUGUACAACUGUAUGUAACCCAUAAAUUCUGAUAUACAUCAGACUAAAAUUUCUAACACUCAACAGAAAAUGAACAAGGUAUGUGUACAUAUUUUGAUGGUAAUGUUCUCCAUUGUGUGGUGUUAACAUGUUUAUUUGUACAUGUUAUUGCUGUUCAAACCUGGAAAGAAACAUAAUUUAUAUUGAAGAUCAGUUGUAUUUGUAAAUUGUUGCACAAGAUUAACAUUAUGUAAUGAAUAAAAGAG